AAAGGUAGAGGGGCAUAUAGACCCACUUAAAGGUGGAUAGGACGUGCAAAGUUUCCCUCAGAGGUUCGAUAUUUGGCUUAAUCUUUGGCAGCUUGACCAUUCAAGCCUAAGACAGUGGGCAUGCCCAAAGUUGGCUAUAUGACAUGUGACCCUUUGGGAGGCCCUGGCCUUCAUCAGGACACAGGGCUUGGAGACUCCUCACCAACCUUUUGCGUGUUGGCAUUGGAAGGAAAUCAACCCCAGGCUGUCCUAGCUCAAUGUGUCUGGGUUGCAGAGUGCUGCUUUAAGCUGCUCUUCUGUGUGGUGCCGCAUGGGUGUGAUUCGUUUCUAUUGAGAUGGCAGGCAGUGCGGGGUUCCUUGGUUGGAACAGUAGAGAAGCGAGGAAUUUCUGGGGGCCAGAGAAAGCGGGUGAAUGUUGGGCUGGAACUGGUGAUGGAACCUUCACUUCUGAUCUUAGAUGAACCCACAUCUGGUUUGGACAGUUCUUCUUCUCAGCUACUAUUGAGAGCACUUCGACGUGAAGCUCUUGAAGGGGUGAACAUCUGCAUGGUUGUCCACCAACCGAGCUACACCUUGUUCAACAUGUUUGAUGAUUUGAUUCUUCUGGCAAAAGGUGGUCUCACUGUAUACCAUGGAUCAGUAAGGAAAGUUGAAGCAUACUUUGCAGGACUUGGGAUUGAUGUCCCAGAGCGUGUUAAUCCUCCAGACUACUUCAUAGAUGUUUUGGAGGGGUUAAUUAAACCAAGCACAAGUUCGGGUUUAACUUAUAAAGAGCUUCCCAUCAGAUGGAUGCUUCAUAAUGGUUAUCCUGUACCCCCGGAUAUGCAACAGAAUUCUGCAGGACUCACUAUGUCCCCAGUGCCUGCAAAUCUAGAUCAUCCAGUAAUUGCUGCCACUGCUGAAAAUGAUGAUCAAUCCUUUGUCGGUGAAAUAUGGCAGGAUGUGAGGUGUAAUGUGGAGCAUCGGCGAGAUAUUAUAAGACACAAUUUCUUGAGGAAGAGGGACUUGUCCAACAGGAGGACUCCGGUGUUCUCCUACAAUACAGAUACUUCCUUGGGAG